CCCAGGUGCUGCUGAUUCCCGGAGCCGAGGCGUUUCCCGGGUCGUGGCGGCCUGGCAGUCGCGAGUCCCCGCGGCCAGAGUCUCGGGUGGGGGUGGGAAGAAGCCGGAGCCUCCGGCGGCCGCACGGGAAAGAAAAGCACAAGAAGAAACUUUUACAGGCGUUGUUAAUUUGAUUACGGCGCCGAUCCCCGAAAUCACAGGAAAGAGGUGGAUGUUGGACCCAAGGCUGUGAGUGCAUCAUGCAAGUGCCCAUCACAGAGCUGAGUUCUAGUUCUGAUGGUCAGUCAUACAGAGGAAAGCCGUGAGCUGCUGGGUUUUGAAGAAUCCCUUCUAAAGAUCUAAAAAGUGCAAAAAGACUUGAGUAGUCACAGCAGUCAGUGAGGCUCUCGUGAAGAUGUGGCUCGCAGAUGAUGGACGCUUCAGCCUUGGGCCAUGAGUUCAGUAACAAAUCUUGACCCCGGCUUCCCUCUGUAAUUCUCACAGACACACUUGAUUGCUUCUUGUAUAGGAGAAGUACAAAUGUCUACCACAAGACGAAAACGUAAUAUGUUAUGUUGUUUACCGUAAGCUGUAGUACAAUGAGCUCAAUUGUUGACAGAGAUGACAGUAGUAUUUUUGAUGGAUUGGUGGAAGAAGAUGACAAGGACAAAGCAAAAAGAGUAUCUAGAAACAAAUCUGAAAAGAAACGUAGAGAUCAAUUCAAUGUUCUCAUUAAAGAGCUGGGAUCUAUGCUUCCUGGUAACGCUAGAAAAAUGGACAAGUCCACUGUUCUGCAGAAGAGCAUUGACUUUUUACGCAAACAUAAAGAAAUCACUGCACAGUCAGAUGCUAGUGAAAUUCGACAGGACUGGAAACCUACAUUCCUUAGUAAUGAAGAGUUUACACAAUUAAUGUUAGAGGCUCUUGAUGGUUUUUUUUUAGCGAUCAUGACAGAUGGAAGUAUAAUAUAUGUAUCUGAGAGUGUAACUUCGUUACUUGAACAUUUACCAUCUGAUCUUGUGGAUCAAAGUAUAUUUAAUUUUAUCCCCGAGGGAGAACAUUCAGAGGUUUAUAAGAUACUCUCUACUCAUCUGCUGGAAAGUGACUCAUUAACCCCUGAGUACUUAAAAUCAAAAAAUCAGUUAGAAUUCUGUUGUCACAUGCUUCGAGGAACAAUAGAUCCAAAGGAGCUAUCCACCUAUGAAUAUGUGAGAUUUAUAGGAAAUUUUAAAUCUUUAAACAGUGUAUCAACUUCAGCACACAAUGGUUUUGAAGGAACUAUACAACGCACACAUAGGCCUUCUUAUGAAGAUAGAGUUUGUUUCGUAGCUACUGUCAGGUUAGCUACACCUCAGUUCAUCAAGGAAAUGUGUACUGUUGAAGAACCUAAUGAAGAGUUUACAUCUAGACACAGUUUAGAAUGGAAGUUUCUAUUUCUGGAUCACAGGGCACCACCAAUAAUAGGCUAUUUGCCAUUUGAAGUUUUGGGAACAUCAGGCUAUGAUUACUAUCAUGUGGAUGACCUAGAAAAUCUGGCAAAAUGUCAUGAGCACUUAAUGCAGUAUGGGAAAGGCAAAUCAUGUUAUUAUAGGUUCCUGACCAAAGGACAGCAAUGGAUUUGGCUUCAAACUCACUAUUACAUCACUUACCAUCAGUGGAAUUCAAGACCAGAGUUCAUUGUUUGUACUCACACUGUAGUAAGUUAUGCAGAAGUUAGGGCUGAAAGACGACGAGAACUCGGCAUUGAAGAGUCUCUUCCUGAGACAGCUGCUGACAAAAGCCAAGAUUCUGGGUCUGACAAUCGUAUAAAUACAGUCAGUCUCAAGGAAGCACUGGAAAGGUUUGAUCACAGCCCUACUCCGUCUGCCUCUUCUAGAAGCUCACGAAAGUCAUCUCACACAGCAGUCUCAGACCCUUCCUCAACACCGACAAAGAUCCCUACUGAUACUAGCACUCCUCCCAGACAGCACUUGCCAACUCAUGAAAAGAUGACACAGCGGAGGUCAUCCUUCAGCAGUCAGUCCAUAAACUCCCAGUCUGUUGGUCCAUCAUUAACACAGCCAGUGAUGUCUCAAGCUGCAAAUUUACCAAUUCCACAAGGCAUGUCACAGUUUCAGUUUUCAGCGCAGUUAGGAGCCAUGCAGCAUCUAAAAGACCAGCUGGAGCAGCGGACACGGAUGAUAGAGGCAAACAUUCAUCGGCAACAAGAAGAACUGAGGAAAAUCCAAGAACAGCUUCAGAUGGUCCAUGGCCAAGGGCUUCAGAUGUUUUUGCAACAGUCAAACUCUGGAUUGAAUUUUGGUUCCGUUCAACUUUCCUCUGGGAAUUCUAAUAUCCAGCAACUCACACCUAUAAAUAUGCAAGGCCAAGUCGUUUCUGCUGGCCAGAUUCAAAGUGGAAUGAAUACAGGACAUAUCACCACGAGCCAGCACAUGAUUCAACAACAGACUUUACAAAGUGCUUCAACUCAGCAGAGUCAACAGAGUGUCAUGAGUGGACACAGUCAGCAGACAUCUCUUCCGAACCAGACGCCGAGCACUCUCCCAGCCCCAUUGUACAAUACGAUGGUGAUCUCUCAGCCUGCGGCUGGGAGCAUGGUCCAGAUCCCAUCCAGUCUACCCCAGAACAGUACGCAGAGUGCUACGGUAACUACGUUCACUCAGGACAGACAGAUAAGAUUUUCUCAAGGUCAGCAACUUGUAACCAAAUUAGUGACUGCUCCUGUAGCUUGUGGGGCUGUCAUGGUACCAAGUACCAUGCUUAUGGGUCAGGUGGUGACUGCCUAUCCUACCUUUGCCACACAACAGCAGCAGGCACAGACAUUAUCGGUAUCUCAGCAACAGCAGCAGCAGCAGCAGCAGCAGCAGCAACAGCAGCAGCAGCAGCAGCAGCAGCAACAGCAGCAACAGCAGCAGAGCUCCCAGGAACAGCAGCUUCCUUCAGUUCAGCAACCGUCUCAGGCUCAGCUGGCCCAGCCACCACAGCAGUUUUUACAGACAUCUCGGUUGCUCCAUGGAAAUCCUUCAACUCAGCUCAUCCUCUCUGCUGCCUUCCCACUACAACAGAGCCCUUUCCCUCCGUCGUCACAUCACCAGCAACAUCAGCCUCAGCAGCAACAGCAGCUUAGCCGGCACAGGACUGACAGCCUGACUGACCCUUCCAAGGUCCAGCCACAGUAGCACACCCACUUCCUCUCUGACACUAGAGAGGAAGGGGAUGGCCAGAAAAUACUUGGAUAGCAUACGGUUACAAGUUUAGCAGGUCUGUGAGGGUGGUAAUGAGUGUUCCAGUUCCUGGAUUAGUUGGUAGGGAAAUGCCGCCUAGUGCUACAGAUGUACAUUAAAUACCAGCCAGUGGGAGAAGAUUAUAGGUACACAGCCAGUUCUGACAGUUUCUUUACCGAGAUAUUUUUUUGAUGGAGAAAGAGUAUAUUGCCAAAUGUUAACAAGCUCAACUAUCAUGACCUUUGCUGAAUCAGAAAAGCACUAACGAUGUUGGUAGCUUUAGUGGUUCUGUGCCUGGUAUCAAAUGUUACAGAGGACACACCACUGCCAGGGGUUUGCUUAGAUUGCCAUGAAGAUAGUUCAGUAGUUAGGAGUCCCCACCCUUUUCAGAUCAUGAUGGAACAGUGAUUACUUUCAGAAUGUUGUGCAGGUUUGAAUUCUUUGUGUAUAGAUGCUAUAUAGAUGUGUAUGUGUCUGGACGGACAGACGGACGGACGGACGGAGAGAGAGAAAGAAAGGAAACUUUGUGUACACAGCUUGAAAGCAUUAUCUGUCCCUUACAGGUAUGAGUACAUUUCAUUAUAUUUUGACACCAUGUACAAACUGGUAACAGCCUCUCUUUCAUUUUGUUUACAGCGUAAUAGUGUUCUAAGUCACUUUUUCCAGGGCACAAGUCUUUUUGUUAGUUCUGUGGCUGUGAUGUCAGUUUGUUCAGUUAGGUAUAAUGUGCUGCUGGGAAUGGAUUCUUUUUUCAGGUUAAAUUAUUGCUACAUUUCCAUUUAUUCAGAAAUAUCCCUUAUUUCAUUAUUUUUCAAUUAUGUUUGAAAGUAGAAUUGCACUGCUUUAUUUUAGAUGGUUGGUUGAGAGUUUGAUCACAUAUUUUGAUAUAUUUCAUAGUUGGAAUAUUUAUAUAAAUGGUUUUCAACAAGCCUGAAAGUGAUUUCAAGAAUGUUUCAGUUAUAAGACUAAAAUUUGCACACAAAACAUUUUAGGCACUUUUUUAACAUUCUCAGUGGUGGGAAUUUUAACUUUUCGGAUUUGUUGGAAUCUUUUUAUUAUCCUUAAAAAUGUCAGUGCUUCUUUUAAUCAAAAUGAUUCAGGGUUAUUUGAGGGGGAAAAACCCAUAGUGCCUUGAUUUUUAAUUCAGGUGAUAACUCACCGUCUUGAAUUCAUUGUCUGGUUUCAGUAGCAGUUUGAAACCUUAGUACAUUUUUAGCAGCAUGUGGGUCUCAGUGUCAUUCUCAAGUUCCCAUGAAGACUGCUGCAUCUCUUGGACCACCCUAACAGCUAUCACAGUUGUUAAUGUGAUCCCAAAAUUGUUUCCAAAUUACUAUCUUCCUUUAAAGCUAAGUAGUCAGUCCUUUAAGAGUUAACAGUAAAUACUUGCUCAGAGUAAGGGUGUAGAAAUAGUCUUUAACCUUCAUAGAAACACUAGAAUAUUGUAACUCACAUGCUUUCUAAAUAUGAAUUAAGAUUUCAUCUGGCAAUAUCAUACUCUAUAGGUAAUAAACUCCAACAAAGUUACAUGGAUUUUAAAAAGCUUUUUUUUUAGAUUUUAUGGUACUAAUAAUGAAAUUUGCAAUUAUGGAACAAAGUCGAAAAUAGAAUAUAAAACAUUACUGAGGAAAGGGAAGACAAGUGUGACAAAUUAGAAUUGACCUUAAAAGGAAGUGUGUAAGGGGUGAGGUUGCUCAACACGUUUUCAGCAGUGGAAAUCUCCUAUUGCAGACUUGCUAGGUAAGGGCUCUGGGGAACGAGGAGUCAGUUAUCUGUCCCCAGCUUUGUUGUCAUCCUUAGGUGUGUCUGUUUACCUGGCUGCAGUUAAGUUAGAAAGUUAGUGGAAAAAAGAAAACAACCAAAGAAAAUUGGUACCUGCCCUUCUGCAACAGAAGUGUGGCUAGAUACCGGUCAAUAGCUAACAUAUCACGGAGUUAGUGAGACUUGUGAGAAUACACAUGUAUGCAGGCUUAUACACACAUGAUGAAGUGAUGUAAAAUAGAGCACCCCCACUGCUUUCCCUCCUUCCCAUUGCCUUCUUGAUCUUGUGCCAUUCCAUGUUGUCUGAGUUUGCCUCAUUCAUUUUUUGGCAAUAACUAGUGCUAAGGAUUUAGCUAACAGGAGACGCAGCAUACUAAUCAUGUAAUUCCUGUUCUUCACAGUUCAUCCAUCUUCUUGCUUCAAGCAGCUGAGAAAGGAGCACCUAGCCACUGACUUGGCUGUCCAUAUGGAGGGCUGUGCUAGGUGACACUUGGCAGCACCAGCUGCCUCUCAGCUCCUUAAUUUUUGGUUUCUUUGGAUGGCAAACUGUUCUUGUCUGCUUCCUACAGACUUAAGCAUUCUGAUGAAGAUUCAUCUGUUGCCUGUUCUUCAUUUCUAUAGCCAAAGUUGUUGACUGAAACCCCAAAUCUAAUUCAUGAAAAGAUACCAAAUAGAAACAUUUCUCAGCUUCUUAUAAACCUUAAUGUCCCCUGCUCUAUUUCAUGGGGAUUCAUUUUUCUUUAAAAUUUUAAUUCUGAGCAGCACUUUUUAGUUGAGAAAUUUUUAGUGAGGGUCAAGUAGGUUCUCAUUGCCCUGCAGGUACCUUGCUCUGGGCUGUUUCUGCGUGGGGUGUUGGUGAUCAUAUGGGAUGAGAACAGUAAAGUACAAGGCUGCUCUUGAGGCUGACUUCAAACCAGAGUGCAGACAUUGGAAAGUACUCUUUUCUUCCUUGGAGUAGUAAGGGGGGGGGGGGUAGGAGGAGCUACAUGCAAAUGAGCACUACAGGCCCUUCCCCCAAGCUCCAUCCUACUGUAGGGUAGCUUUAGAGUGCUGUGCUCUGCUGUCACAUAGACAUGGCUUAGGAAUGUACUAUUAAUAAAAGAACGCCAGUGAUUUUGAGUAGCUUAUGAUAGAAAACUGUGCAAACUAGUGAGUGUUUGAAUUCUGUGUGCUGUAGUUGGUUGGUCAUUGCCUUAAUGCAGUCUCUUGAAGCUUGGAGCACUGAAGCAGUCCAGCUAUAUAAAGGGCAUCGUGUUGAGGGAGAUAAGCCCUUGUUCUGGCCUUAGAAAGGGACCCUUUCUUAAAGUAGACUACAGAGGUAGAUUCUUUUCACUUGGAUAUUACUGUGUGUUAAAAUGUUUCCACUACGUUGAGGCAUUUUUUUUUAAGUGGAAUGCAGAUAGCAUUUUUAGUAAUUCAUUUUUCUGUUUCUUUGGUGAUUAAAGGUUUGUUGGUAAACAUUUGUGUAAAACUUGUUCAAGCCUAUCACCUUUCCAGUACCUGUGGGCCUGUUCUUAGCACCACGGAGUCCACAUUAGAAGGUAUAAACACUGGAUAUCAAUACUGCUGAGGGCAUACAGCCAGGAGUGAGCUGACUGGAACUUUUCAGUGGUGGGGAAGGAGCAGCACAAAGGCACUUGCCGUUUUCCUAGUGAUUAAGAAAAACCUUUUAAGUGUGUCUGGACUGAGUGAACACUCUUCUAAGAGGAGCUUGUGAAGUAAAUGCAAAGGAAAAGAGUUGACUAUUUUUAUAGCAUAUUUAAUAUAUUUGUAUAUAACUAUGAGUGUAGUAGGAACCCUCCACCUGCCUCCCACUUUUCUAGUCCCUCCCCCCCUUGCCAUAGCCCUAGUACAGCCUCAUCCGCAUGGGUAAUGUGCCUAUUGUCAGCCUACCUACCAAAAGAUAGAGCUGCUGCUUUCUGAGACAGGUGAGAUGAGACUCUCAUGCCUGGGGAUCCUUUAUGGGAGGAAUAGCACACACUUAGAACAACAUACCACAGUCUAAAAGCAUCAUUUGAAAGGUAAUAAGCACUUUAUUGCAAUUAUUCAUUUAGAUAAUGUUUGUAUCUUAGGCAUUAACCGUUUAAAAAGGAUCCCCUAAUCAUCACUUAGGUGAAUUUAUAAAUGACACAUUUCUGAGAAAUGUUUAGAGCCAGUGAACCGUAGCAGGUUUAUGGGAGUGAUUUCAAGGUAGCCAAAUAAACUCUGACUUUUGUUUUGAAUGUGGUGGGGUCAGGAGAUUGUAGAUGCGUAGUUCCAUUUAAACACUAUUGUAAACCUAUCUUGCCUAUUGUGUGGACACCAAAAGAGACCAAUGAGCCUGUUUCUUUUCAGAGGUCUAGGAAUAUGCAUCUGUCUGAGUAGACGAGCUAAUCUAUAAAUGGGUGGUAGUAAUAUUUUAGGAUACAGUAAUUUCAAGAAUUUUUGAGUGUUUUAAAUGUGCCCUGAAAUGUUGGCAUGUCAUUUCAGCGUUCCCAUUUGAGUUGCUCUUGUAAUAUUUUUGCACAAAAAGGACUGAGAAAGACUGCUUUGGUUGAAGAAAACUAUAAUUUGGUCUUAUCUUAAUGUCUCCUGUGGAAACACUGGAGGUAAAUUUUGUUGGUAUAGUUACUAAUUCAGGAUAUUUAAAACAGUGUUGAACAGCUCACCAGAAAUUAAGCAAACUUAUAUAUUUAAAAAUUAAAAUUCUUUUUUUCCACGUGACUGUUUUGCAUAUUUUUUCCGUUGCCAUGCACUACAUUCCUUGUUUUUCUGAAACAAUACUUUGAAAGAUAAGUGUUUAACAAUACUUUCUAAGCUGCCUGGGUUUUCCCAGGAAAAUAUCUAGUAAACUAGGUUGUAGUUGUACAUAGUUUGUGGAGACUAUUGAGAUCCCAUUAACACCACCAGCAAACACUGAGGUGCUGACCUAAGUGACAAUCACAGUAGUAUUUAUAGAAGGACUUAGAAGUGGCUGGAAGGAACACUUGUUCUGAACGCAGUUUAUUAGGUUCCUAAAUAAAAUGGCUGUGUAUUUAUUUAUAUUUGUAUCUCUGCAUUUGGUCUCAUAUACUUAUGGUCAGUUUUGUUUUGCAUCAUGAUCUUGUCCUUGAAGAACUGGCUCUUGUUUGGUACAGUUGUGAUCCGGCCCCCUUCCCCAAUGACUCUGCUGACAGAGAAUCCAUUGCACAGCAGGAUGUCAGUGAGGGUCAACCUGAACAUCCCUGCACUUCCCUCCUGCUCUGAACUCAUUUGAGAAAAAUGCUAAAAGGUAGCUCCUUUCAGCUCUGCUUUAUUACCUUACUCCAGCCUCCUUCUAGUGUCACUUGUUGCCUUCUAUGGCUCAUGGGCACUUUCUAUAGUUACUUUCCAAGAACAAUCAAAGGGCCACUAGGACAGAACCAAGGGCACAUGUUGCAUGCUGUCUCAGCAAAACAGUAUCUUUUAAUGGCUGUCAUCAUUAUACAUAUAGUUGGACAAUGUAUGCACACUAAAAACUCUUCAAAACUGUCUAGUAAAGCAGUGCUUGCACAUGGGAGGCCUCGCUGUAUGAGAAUCCUUCCUGCUCACGUUAGCACUCAUUGUGGCUCUGGAGUCCCACAUGUAGGGUCUAGCUCACAGGGACCUCUUGGAGAACAAUAGUUAAGAUAGAAUCAGACACAAAUGGAAUUUAAUUACACAAAAAGUGUUUAACUCUCAGGAGGGUAAAUUGAAAAUCUACCAUUUUUAGAUGUAUGCUUUUAAAUGAGAGAAAACAAACUGUGACAUUGCUUUUAAAAUGACAUUCAAAUGGUUUGUGUUUGAGUUAGCCUACAGGAAAAGCUGUUAUCUUUAGGUUGAUGUAUAACUAGACAUUCAUCUUCAAGAAAAGCAUUGCCCUCAAAAAGUCCCUUAUUAAGUAAUGGAUGUGUCAGCUAGAAGGACUGGAAUUGAAACAAUUCUAAAAUUAUUUUGAAAUCUAUUUUACUGUGGUUUAAGUUGGAGAGAAAGCUCUAGCAUGGCACUUUCAUAUUCACCCUGUGUAAAGACUUGCCCAAAGACAAGUUAAAUUAGUGCUGUAUUAAAACCAGUUAGUGCAAACGACACAUUAAGUUUUAUCUCUGUACACUGUUAAAUCAGUUAGUGGUUGGUGUGUAAACGUGCACCAGAGUCUUUGCUGUUCCCAUGGUUCUUGCUGUGCUGUUGUUGACGUUGUUGUCCUUACUGCUUGGUUCUGGGUUUAAAUUAAAACAAGAACAGACAUAGCUCAUCCUUUCCAGCUCCAAAGGGGAGAGGCAUCUACUGAUCUCCAAAUAAGAGUACUUCCUCCCAAAGCAAGCAUUUAAUUGAAAUAAAUUUAUUUAAAACAACAAAAAAGGAUGGCCUUCUUUCAGGUAUUAGCCUCUUGCCAAAACCCUAAACUCCACAGAAGCAUGAUGCCUAGUGAAUGGUUUCAAUGGUGCUAUGUUAGGUUCCCUGGCUUUGAUAAGCUACAUUUGGAAAUACAGUAUCGAGUGAAAUGUGGACUCUUGUUACCUGCUGAAUAUCGCCAUUGUCAUCGAGUCUGAUACAGCUGGCUCUACUUGGUCAUCAAAGCUACCCUUUUAAGAAGUAGAGUGUUACCAGCAUGCUUUCACUCGGGCCUCUUGCUGUAUGACGUGCACAGCUUUACUUAAAAUCUCCAUGUUCUAUCAUAACUCUUUUCCAUUGAUUCCUGUAAUGCAUUCAGAAUCCAAAACCACAGCAAAAGAGCCAAGCAGUAGCAGUGGGCUUUUGUUUUGUUUUUUAAAUGUAAAACUAAUUAGAUCCAAACUUUGUUUCCUGCAGUUUUAAAAAUAAAGAAUACCUCAGUGCUGCUUCUCAGUGUCACCUGCUUUAUGUGGCACAGACGUGUAAGAGUCACGUUUGGAGCACAGAAAGACUAUUAAAUGUUUUUAAACCUGUCA